CGGCGGUGGCCCGCGUGGAGCGCGUGCUUGUGCCGAGAGCCGGGAGGGAGCGCCGGGCCGGCAGCUGGAUUAUACAUCUCUUAUGAUUAAGGUGGAGAAAAGAAACUAGCCAUGGACCAAAGUUCAAGAGACCUCCAUGGAAAACAUUGCUGCUGAUGCUACUUUACAAAUUCACAUGAUGAGUGUCUAUUUUGAGGAUGAUUUUCAUAUUUAAACGAUUUUCAUCUUGGAAAUAUAUCAAGUGAAAGAAAUUUAUUCUUUUUGGAAACAGUUUCCUCAUAAUAAAGAUUAUUCCUGUAAUGGGCGAUAUGGCCAACAACUCUGUUGCAUACAGUGGUGUGAAAAACUCUUUGAAAGAAGCUAAUCAUGAUGGAGAUUUUGGAAUUACACUUGCUGAGCUCCGGGCUCUCAUGGAGCUCAGGUCCACAGAUGCAUUACGUAAAAUACAAGAAAGUUAUGGAGAUGUGUAUGGAAUUUGUACAAAGUUGAAAACCUCUCCCAAUGAAGGUUUAAGUGGAAAUCCUGCAGAUAUAGAGAGGAGGCAAGCAGUGUUUGGGAAGAACUUUAUACCUCCCAAAAAGCCAAAAACAUUUCUUCAAUUAGUAUGGGAAGCAUUACAAGAUGUUACAUUAAUUAUAUUAGAAAUUGCAGCCAUAGUAUCAUUGGGCCUUUCUUUUUACCGACCUCCUGAAGGGAAUAAUGCACUUUGUGGAGAAGUUUCUGUUGGUGAGGAAGAAGGUGAAGGUGAAACUGGCUGGAUUGAAGGAGCUGCCAUCCUUUUGUCAGUAGUGUGUGUUGUGUUAGUGACGGCUUUCAAUGACUGGAGUAAAGAGAAGCAGUUUCGAGGUCUGCAGAGUCGAAUUGAACAAGAACAGAAGUUCACAGUCAUAAGAGGUGGACAAGUCAUUCAGAUACCAGUAGCUGACAUUACUGUUGGAGAUAUUGCUCAAGUGAAAUAUGGUGAUCUUCUUCCAGCCGAUGGUAUACUUAUUCAAGGAAAUGAUCUCAAAAUUGAUGAAAGUUCACUGACUGGAGAAUCUGAUCAUGUUAAAAAGACAUUGGAUAAAGAUCCCUUGCUUUUAUCAGGUACCCAUGUGAUGGAAGGCUCUGGGAGAAUGGUAGUUACAGCUGUGGGUGUGAACUCCCAAACUGGAAUUAUUUUUACUUUACUUGGAGCUGGAGGUGAAGAAGAAGAAAAGAAAGAUGAAAAGAAAAAAGAAAAGAAAAAUAAGAAACAAGAUGGAGCUGUUGAGAACCGCAACAAAGCAAAAGCUCAGGAUGGAGCAGCCAUGGAAAUGCAGCCAUUGAAGAGUGAGGAAGGAGGAGAUGGGGAUGAAAAAGAUAAAAAGAAAGCAAAUUUGCCAAAGAAAGAAAAGUCAGUUUUACAAGGGAAACUUACAAAAUUGGCAGUUCAGAUUGGAAAAGCAGGCCUAUUGAUGUCUGCGAUCACAGUUAUCAUCCUUGUGUUAUAUUUUGUAAUCGACACAUUCUGGGUUCAGAAACGACCAUGGCUUGCUGAAUGUACACCCAUUUAUAUACAAUAUUUUGUGAAAUUCUUCAUUAUUGGGGUCACAGUCCUGGUGGUAGCAGUGCCAGAAGGUCUUCCACUUGCAGUAACAAUCUCACUUGCUUACUCUGUAAAGAAAAUGAUGAAAGAUAAUAACCUUGUAAGACAUCUGGAUGCUUGUGAAACAAUGGGAAAUGCAACAGCCAUUUGUUCAGAUAAAACAGGGACACUGACCAUGAACAGAAUGACAGUUGUCCAAGCAUACAUAAAUGAAAAGCAUUAUAAAAAAGUUCCUGAUCCCGAUGCUAUUCCAGCAAAUAUUUUGUCCUGUCUUGUAACUGGAAUUUCUGUGAAUUGUGCUUAUACAUCAAAAAUAUUGCCACCUGAGAGAGAAGGUGGAUUACCACGUCAUGUUGGCAAUAAAACUGAAUGUGCCUUGCUGGGACUUGUUUUGGAUUUAAAACGAGAUUAUCAGGAUGUAAGGAAUGAAAUCCCUGAAGAAGCUCUGUACAAAGUCUACACAUUCAACUCUGUUAGGAAAUCCAUGAGCACUGUCUUGAAAAAUUCAGAUGGAAGCUACAGAAUAUUCAGCAAAGGUGCAUCAGAGAUCAUUCUUAAAAAAUGCUUUAAAAUCUUGAGUGCUAAUGGUGAAGCAAAGGUAUUUAGACCAAGAGACCGAGAUGAUAUUGUUAAAACUGUGAUUGAACCAAUGGCAUCGGAAGGACUAAGAACUAUAUGUCUUGCAUUCAGAGAUUUCCCAGCAGGAGAGCCUGAACCAGAGUGGGAUAAUGAAAAUGAUAUUGUCACAGGCCUAACAUGCAUUGCUGUUGUAGGGAUAGAAGAUCCCGUAAGACCUGAGGUACCAGAUGCAAUAAGAAAAUGCCAGCGGGCUGGAAUUACUGUGCGGAUGGUCACUGGUGAUAAUAUUAAUACUGCUCGUGCUAUUGCUACUAAAUGUGGUAUUUUGCAUCCUGGGGAAGAUUUUCUGUGCCUAGAAGGUAAAGAUUUCAACAGAAGAAUAAGGAAUGAAAAAGGAGAGAUUGAACAAGAACGCAUAGACAAGAUUUGGCCAAAGCUUCGAGUACUUGCUAGAUCAUCUCCCACUGACAAGCACACACUGGUUAAAGGUAUAAUUGACAGCACUGUCUCAGAACAACGACAAGUUGUGGCUGUGACUGGUGAUGGUACAAAUGAUGGCCCUGCACUAAAGAAAGCAGAUGUUGGAUUUGCUAUGGGAAUUGCUGGAACUGAUGUUGCGAAAGAAGCAUCGGAUAUCAUUCUUACAGAUGAUAACUUCACAAGCAUUGUCAAAGCAGUCAUGUGGGGAAGAAACGUUUAUGACAGCAUUUCCAAGUUCCUUCAGUUCCAACUCACAGUCAAUGUUGUGGCAGUAAUCGUUGCUUUUACAGGAGCCUGUAUUACUCAGGAUUCACCACUUAAGGCUGUGCAGAUGCUGUGGGUAAAUCUCAUCAUGGAUACACUGGCAUCCCUGGCUUUGGCAACUGAACCACCUACUGAAUCUCUCUUGCUUCGAAAACCUUAUGGUAGAAAUAAGCCGCUCAUCUCUCGCACAAUGAUGAAGAAUAUCUUGGGUCAUGCAUUCUAUCAACUUGUGGUAGUCUUUACACUCUUAUUUGCUGGGGAAAAAUUUUUCGAUAUUGACAGUGGAAGAAAUGCCCCUUUGCAUGCUCCACCUUCAGAACAUUAUACUAUUGUGUUUAACACCUUCGUCCUCAUGCAACUUUUCAAUGAAAUAAAUGCCCGAAAAAUUCAUGGUGAAAGAAAUGUGUUUGAAGGGAUCUUCAAUAAUGCCAUCUUCUGUACAAUUGUUCUGGGCACUUUUGUGGUACAGAUAAUAAUUGUGCAAUUUGGUGGAAAACCUUUCAGUUGUUCAGAACUUUCAAUAGAACAAUGGCUGUGGUCAAUAUUCCUAGGAAUGGGAACAUUACUCUGGGGCCAGCUCAUUUCAACAAUUCCAACUAGCCGUUUAAAAUUCCUUAAAGAAGCUGGUCAUGGAACACAGAAAGAAGAAAUACCUGAGGAAGAAUUAGCCGAAGAUGUUGAAGAGAUUGAUCAUGCUGAACGAGAAUUACGACGAGGACAAAUCUUGUGGUUUAGGGGUCUGAACCGAAUACAAACUCAGAUGGAUGUAGUGAAUGCUUUCCAGAGUGGAAGUACCAUUCAGGGGGCUCUAAGGCGGCAACCCUCCAUCGCCAGCCAGCACCAUGAUGUAACAAAUAUUUCUACCCCUACACAUGUAGUGUUUUCCUCUACUACCGCUUCUACUACUGUGGGGUAUUCGAGUGGUGAAUGCAUUUCGUAGUUCCUUAUAUGAAGGGCUAGAAAAACCAGAGUCACGAAGUUCAAUUCACAACUUUAUGACACAUCCUGAGUUUAGGAUAGAGGACUCUGAGCCUCAUAUUCCCCUUAUUGAUGACACUGAUGCUGAAGACGAUGCCCCCACAAAGCGUAAUUCAAGUCCUCCACCCUCUCCCAACAAAAAUAAUAAUGCCGUGGACAGCGGAAUUCAUCUUAUAAUAGAAAUGAACAAGUCUGCUACCUCUUCAUCCCCAGGAAGCCCACUACAUAGCUUGGAAACAUCACUCUGAUCGUAAGCUGAAUGUUAACACACUAGCUGCAUUGUAAAGAAACCAAUUGAAACUGGGUCUUUUCACACAUUGUGAUGGACAAGAUAGUAUUCUUGUCUUGGACUUCAACAGAAGACAUACUUGUACGAAUGUAGAUUUAUUUUUUUAAAACAAAAAAGCUUUCCGCCAGACUUUGAGGGUGCUUUUUGGGGGGUGGGGAGUAAUGAACUCUGACUGAUAAAACAGUAACUCGGCAUAAGUGACCUGUGGAUCAUCGAUCGUACUUAAGAAUGGUCCUGAAAGGUGUGUUUAGCAAAGCUUUAGUUUCUCUUGAUCCUUGUAGGGGGUGAGGGAGGAGGAAAGCUGAGAGACAAUGGAGCCCUGGAUCAUUGAUUGAUACUUUAAUUUCUGCUGUUGGCUGUUAAUAAUUUGGAUUAUUUAUGUUUAUAAAUGAUACAGAUCUGUUUACAAGGUUUGUAGAUACUUUAUUGUUCCUGUUCAUAGAUGGGAAGCUUCCUUAUAACUGAUGCAGAGAAAAAUUAGUCCUUCAAAUACUGCUGUAUUUUCAGGAAAAAGGGUGUUUCUAUUGAAACUGUACUAAAUUUUUGCCUACAAUUUACCUUGUUAAAUAUUGUAGAUAAAUUGCUAAUACUGAUAGCCAAAUAGAUAACACUAAUGCUUUGUGAAAACAUGAGCAGCGGUGUCCUAAUGAAGUUAUGGCCUCUGUCCUAAUUAGUUUCUUAAAUACAUUUACUACUUAAUGGUUUUGAAAACAACUGUUUAAUUUUUAAAGAUUUUGAAAAACUUGCUAAAUAACUUUUUGUUCAGAAUUUAGUAGAUUGUUUAAUGCGGGACAUCAAUUACGUAAUGAAAGUUGCUUGAAAUGCUUUUGUUAUUUCAGGCAAAUUGAAUUAAAUCAAAAUACAACAAAACCUUAGUCCUUUUUGUUUUUGUCUAAACCUGUUAGUUUAGUGAUGUCUUGGUGAACUGUGAGUGAAUUGUGUUGAUUUUUCUAAUAAAUCUUAAGAAACCUUCAUACGGCAUGAGGGCUGUUGGCAUUUUGAAAAAAAGGUUAGUAGUAGCAUACAUGUUUUCCUUUUGUUUUUGAAACCUGUUUGUAAACAUAAAUAAACACGCCCUUUUAUUAAAUAAAUAUGUAGCAAUGUUUUUUUACACAAUUUUCAGCUUUUUUAUGGGAAUAGUUCCGAAAAGUUAGUACUUCAGAAUGUGAUUGAUUAACCUCAUUGACAUAAUAUCACUAUGAUAGCAGCCAGCAGCCCUGUGAAGUACUUUAAGUGGUAAACACAUGCUAGAAUCUGAAGGAAGUAAAGGUGUACAGAGUUCAUCAUUUGACAUGAUUUUCUGACAAUUCAUUUUUACCUAAAAUCAACUCAUGUUUGGUUUGUUUUUUGUUUAAGUAAUGAAAAGCCUUUUGUUCUGUUAAAUAUCACCAGUAAGUGGACAAUGAGACUGGCUGAACAGAUUUGACGAUCUAAGUGGAUGUUAUUUUCUUAAACCUAUUUUCUUCUACCUACCUAGAAGGUCUUUUCUGCCAGGUUCCCCCUCUCUUUCCCUUCCCACCCCCACCUCCCCACAUCUCACUCUUCACCAUUUGUGAGCCAAUGUUGGUGCUCAGGGCAGAGGUAUCCAUGAAAGCAUUGUCAGCUGCCAUUGUUUACAAGAAUUACCACAACUGAUGGAGCUGAUGAAUAGCUCAACUUCUGGUGCUUGCAAUUAUGAGGACUCGUUAGAAUAGGAUUUGUAUUUCAUCAAACCUAUGUAAUCACCAUCCUCAGGUCCUGGAAUACAUUGGCUCUGCCACCUUAUAUAAGCCUAUCUUCCUUCAGAAAGUUUUACUGACAACUAUAAUGCAGAACGAAGCUGCAGGCUAUGAUAGAAAGAACCCUGGAGUUGUAAUGAGAAAAGCCAAGUUCUCGGUCAUCUCUUCUGCUAACUUCUGUGAGAGACUUUGGACAGACCAAUCAUUUCACCUUCUCUCCUCUUUCCUUUUCUGGAAAAUGAGGUGAUGGACUAGAUGAUCUCCAGAGUCUCUUCUGGCACUUCUACUUACUUACUGAAAGCAUGAAGUCUAGGAAACAAGACAGAAAGGAAAAAUUAGUUGUUCUGCUUCAUUCUGAAUCGGCUGGAGGUGAUAUCCGCAGUUCCACAGGCUUAGCAAUGCAUCUACUUCUGAGGAAGAUUUGUAUUCAGCUCUUAUGCAAAUAUUCAGAUUUUUUUAAUUUGAGACAAUAGCCUUUCCUAAUAAUCAGAUUUAUGACUGCCUUGUUGCAGGGGCAAGACAUUUCUUGUUGGUAUAUAUGUCUUUUUCUGACUCAGUGUUUUCUGCUAGAGCUUCCAAGAGCAAUGUAUCAACCAGAAAAAUGCAAGUGGGCUGGAGAAAGACAAUACCUAGAGCUGAAAACAACUGAAACUCAGCUGUUUUAUCUCAUCCUCUAAUCACCCCUACCAAAAAACAAACAAACAAACAAUUUUGCAUGCUGAAUAUUUUGAAUUAUUCCUAUAUAUUUUUUUAAUUUUCUCAUGCAUUUCCUAGUGUUUGUACGGAAGUUAGGGAAAGGGGGAGUUUGUCAAGCAUGAGUCAUCACCAUCUUAAUAAUGCCUCGUAUGGUAAUUUUCAUGACACAUUAAUGCUCAAUUGAGAAAUAGCAAUUAUUUCUAAGUAUUUAUGCAUUCUUUCUAUUACUCUCAUGGUUUCUUUUGAUAUGUACAAGCCAACUGAACUGUCAUAAUGAUGUUGAGAUUUUUUUUAAUGAUGCUUACCAUCUAUUUUUGCCACUUGAGCCUUUUGGUUUUUACCUCUUUGUAAAAGUUGUCAAUUCAUUUUAAUUUCAUAAAUAUGCUAUCUUUGUGAAUGGGGACUAACCUUUUUAAAUGUUAGAAUUUAUAUAUCAAAUUUUGAAGUCAAACAAUUUUCCUGCUGAAAUCUUCAGGUUUUUUUAAUCAGCCAUAUGAAAAAUCCAUGGGUCACAGCAUUGAAAUGUAUAAUAAUUCACAUUGUAGUGAAACCACAAUGUCAGCUAUGGCCAGGUUAAAAUAUUAGUAUACCUUCCAUCACAAGCACUGUCCUCACUCCUGGGUAGCACAGUUCUGCUCUCCUUGCUACUGCAACUCGGAUUUUAGUGUUUAGGGUUAUAAGCUUGAAAGAAUAUAUUUUCUCAUUUAACUAAUGCUGAAAGAUUAUAAAAUUCAUACAACAGUAAGUAGCUGGUCUUUCUGUAAAAAAUUUUAACAGAUUUAUCUUAUAAGCUCUGCUUAUGCAUAAUUCACCUAGCUAGCAGCUUUGUGGCAAUAGUAUUUUUUUAUGUUUGUAAUUCUUAAAUGGGCUCAAAUUUCAUAUUAUGUAGUAUGUUAUAUGAAUCCUCAUAAAGCUGUUUCUGGUUGCCCUGUUGUCUGAGGGAAUAAGCAUUAUAUUUGGAUUCAGAAGACCAAGUUUGAACCCCAGCUCUGGCAUAUACUGCCAUGAUCCUGGACACAUUAUUCAACUUCUCUGUUCCUCAGUUUCCUCAUCUGUAAAUGGAGAUAAUGAUAUCUGCCCUGCCUACCUCACAGGGUUGUUGUGAGGCUCAAAGGAGUACUUGUGUAAACUGCUUUAUAAACCACAAAAUUAUUUUACAAAAAAAUAUCAGCUGCUCUUGUCAUCCUAAUAAGAUAUUUUUCUAUUCUGUCCAGUUAGGAUUUGUAUGUACAUUUCACACAGUUCAUUUGGAAUUUAAAAAUGAAAUUUCUUUUGAGAGCUUAUUAGAUUAAGAAAAUGAGAAUUUUAAAAAAAUCAAAAAUCAUUAAUUGUUAUCUCAUGGCAAUGUGUUUUAUUUAUUACAUAAUGUGAACUGUAAUUCUAUUGUAAACUUCUGCCUUUUGCCUUUCUGUUUCUCCUCCCUAAACUCUAUAGGCCAGGUGGCAUUUUGGCAUCAGUGAAUGGGCCACUGCAAUCUAUUUUGAUGGCUGUGUUGUAUGUAUUUGUAGAUUGCAGAAUAAGAUAUUUAUCAAGUAUAUAUAAGAGUAAUUUCACAAUCUUAAUUUCCAAAUAUCUUGCCAAGGAUGUAUCCAACAUGCUAUUAGAAUGAGCCUGGUUAAAAAUAAAUUUUUUUUAAAAAAGGUC